AUGGCCGAAGAGGCAGCUGAAAACGUGCCAGUCCCCCCUCCAUUGCCGUGGAAUGGGAAUUUGCACCUGAUCCGAUAUUUGGAGCACAUUCUAGACGAGUUUUUGGCAGCUAGAAGACCUCGUCAUAUCGAAGACCUGGAACCUCUCCAUGACCCCUUCGAUUUUCUACGUUGGCCACCUAUUCCUCAAUUUGAAAUGGAGCGAGAACUGUUCCUCGAGCUCCAUCACCAGGGUCUUGACCAUCAUUUGGAUAAUGAGAAUUUCGAUUUGGAAGACAUUUUUGAAGAUCAGGAGAUUCUUCUGAAUCGGCAGAUGGAGAUGGAUUAUUGGGAGGAUGAGGAAGAGGAACUUGAAUUGCCAGAGUUUGAAGAGGAGGAUGAGAUGGACAUGGUGUUUUUUAUAGAAGAAGAAGAUGAUGAAGACGUGGACGAUGAAGAGAUUCCCGAUGAGCUGUUUGAGGUUCCAAUGAUUUAA